AAUUUUAAAAAUAAAUUUCUAAAAAAGUUGGUUUGUGUUCCAUCGAUGUACUGUCACAACAAUAUAAGUAGACAGCAUUGGAAAGUAAAUGAAAAAAAAACUUGGGUUACUCACAAGUUGGUAAAAUACAGUGUAUACGUGACACGAAGAAUAAAAAUUUUGGAAUAAGGUCAUGUAAAAAAUGCGAUGUAGUGAUUAUUGGGAAAUUUUGUUAAAAUUGCUUAAAAUUAGCCAGAAAGCUCGUAAAAUAGGGAGUAUAAAUUUAAAAAUGCACUUUGAGUUGAUUAUGCGAGGUGAAUCGAGCAAUUUUACAAGGGAUUAGGAAAGAUCUGCAUCGGGUAUCGUUAUUAAAUGGUAAACUAAAAUUACUUCCUCAUAAGAAUUGUAAUUGCAGGCAUUGGUACAGGUCCAAGUGCAUCCAAGGUAUUGGGUGAAAAUUUUAUCAGCAAAUAGAAGUGCUGGAUGUGCACGAGACAUUGUAGAAAGACUCGUGUCGCGUGCACUUUGUUGAUCUCCUUUCUUGAGCAUUUUUCUUGUGUCCGACUCUCUACAUUUUAUACCUAUGCUUCUCGAUUCUCUCUACCUAUAUACUUGUUCAAUUUUCCUCAUAACAGUAUCUUUUGGCUCUCCGUAGCUGUGAACGUGUAGCUGCGUACUAUAUGCUGCACAUACAUGCAAGUCGACGUUUAUUCUCGUGUGCAUCAAUAUCUCUCACGUAGAUUAAUGUUAAAUCGGCAGAGUACAUGCAACUUCAUCGUUAUUUAGUUAGUAAUUCGCUCGCCAUGCCAGAAUCGAUUAAGCGAUGAGCCCCAUGCGAGAGUAAGCUUAGAUUGUCGUCGAUCAGCUCACAGCUCGCGCAUACACCGAAGCUUUGUUGUUUUGAGUUUUGCAUAUCAUGCCAGAUGGAGACGACCAAAGCAUCGAAGAGAAUAAACUACUGGAGCCGAGCGGCCGAGGCUCGAACUUUGACGAGAGCAAAGCCGAAGCUUUUGGAAAAAAGGACCAGGCCCAAACUCGCAACCUAGAGACUACUUUUGAUACCAAUUUUUGUACUAAUUGUAAUGGAUCGAUAUCUGCUGUUGGAUGCAAUCAGUGUCAAAAUUGCAGCGGAGUCGAUACCAAAUUUGCCUUUGAGAAGCAAGACAAGUGCCUGAUAAGCGGAGAUGCUAACGAAGAAACAGACUUGGACGGCGACGGCGAAGAGUACCUGCAGCCCGAGGACAAGACGAGUCGAAAAACAUUCGAAUGCGACGUCUGCAACAUGACGUUCUCGAACGGGGCCAAUAUGAGAAGGCACAAGAUGAGGCACACGGGCGUCAAGCCGUACGAGUGCCGAAUAUGCCAAAAGAGAUUCUUUCGGAAGGACCACUUAGCCGAGCACUUUACGACUCAUUCCAAAGUAUUACCCUAUCACUGUCCGAUAUGCAAUCGGGGAUUCCAGCGUCAGAUAGCCAUGCGGGCUCACUUUCAGAACGAGCACGUGGGCCGCAACGACAGCAUCAAGUCCUGCCCUCUGUGCCACUACCGAGCUUCGUCGAUGAAGUGCCUCAGAUUGCAUUACUUCAACAGGCACGGUAUCGAUUUGGACAAUCCUGGCUCGAGCAGCGGAGCAUCGAGCACGACCAGCAUGAUGAAGAAGCUCUUCUCCGGCGAGACGGUCUCCUCGAGCGCGAUGCUCUCCGACAGCGGCGACAGCAGCGAGAACCGAUCGGUCGACAACGCCACUCCGCCCAUGCAUUUUCUCACGCCCCACGUCGAGAUAUCCAUCCCGUACUCCGAUCAGAUCGACGUAAUCCAGAGCCAGCCAAACGAUCACGAUCAGGCAGCCAAGGCCCAACUGGCCGAUUCGCAACUGCCCAGAGGCGGCAACGGCUACAACACCCGAGCCGCCGCCAAAUCCGACCCCGACGACUUUAUCAAGCCUAAUCAGAGCCGUACGAGGGAAGCAGCCGAUGAUGCCGUGACGCCGUCCAUCUCUCUCAUACCGAUCGUGAAGCAGGAGCCGAUGAGCUGCGAGGAUCGCAAGCCGCUCGACAAGCCCGCCUCGGCGGUCGCGAGCCAACCCUCGAUGCCGUCCCUCAUCAAAGUGUCUCCGCUGCAGUCGCUGCUGCGCGACGACCUGCGCCGCAAGUUCGUCAUCUCCAAGGGCAAAGCCACCGCAGCCGCAGCAGCAGCAGCCGCCGCAGCCACUGCGGAGGAUGACGACGACGACGACGACGAGGACGAUCGCCGCAAGGAGCAUCGAGACCGCGAGAGCAACGACAAAGCGAGCUUUCAACUGCAGACCUGCCAGGAGACGAGCUUGAGGCAGAACUUGAGCUGCAGCGCUCUGCAGUGCAGCCAUUGCAGAAUCACAUUCCCGGACCAGACUCUUUAUUUUCUACACAAAGGCUGCCACAGCGAGAGCAAUCCUUGGAAGUGCAACAUAUGCGGCGAGCAGUGCUCCAAUAUCUAUCAGUUCAAUUCGCACUUGCUCAGUAAGAGCCAUCAAUGAGAUCGAACGACGACUUUUUUUCCUUGGACGAGCCGCGACUCCAUGCGCUAAUUACUGGCACAAACUUACAUCACACGACUCGUACACGCCUAAUAUAUAUUUAAGAUAAUUUAUCGAGCCGAGGUCCUAAUUAGUUAUAAAGCUCGUGUAUAUUGUGAGGCAUCGCAAUUCUAUUUACAAUAGCUACCACAGAAUUCACUUUUUUUACACACGAUACACCGAAUGUCCUCGUAAAGUCAGCUUAUUCGGACCAGCUGGGCCGUGCUCCUUCAUUGUUCUCUAUCCAUUCCACUUGAUCCCAUUAUAUACUGUGAAUUAUUUACGAUUAUUGAAUUAAAUCGUUAAGGCGCUGCUCCCGUCAACUCGAUACAUGUUUGCACCCACGCGUUGUAACCAAAAUUAAUGUUCUUCGAUGCUCAUCUGAUUUCCAUCCAAAUAUUGUUAUUUUUUUUUGUAAGAAAAGAAAAAAAAAUACUUUUGAACUUGUAUUUUUUAUAUUGUAUAGUUUGAAAACGGUACGUAACUUAGAAGAAAAUACAUUUUUGUCGAAUCGUUCGAAUUUACGUGUAAAGGCCCAAAUGAGGAAUAUAAUGCAGAGCAUAUUUUCGACUAAGUGAUGUGUUAUCGAAUGUAUAAAUGGCACCGAAGAAAGCAAAAUGAGCUAACUUGAAAAGUUUAACUAAUAGUUAAGAAAUUAUUUAAAUUUUUUCACAAAUUCUGACGUCUAUUAAUAACUGUUUACUUGAAAGAGGUGUCGAAACUAAUGUAAUGAUGCGAUAGAGAAAUUUUAUUCUUACACUCGCUUCGAUGUCUUUUCAGAUUGUUGUACAGAUGUAUGUUUAAAACAAAUUAUGAAAGUUUUUAUUAUGUAGUUGGAUGUUUUAUUAACUAGAAGGAUGACAUAAUAACUUUAUCCAUAUGUUAUGUACUAUGUGUUAUUUGUUUAAAUAGUUUGCAAAUUUGCGCACCCUUAUUUGAAGUAAAAAUAUUACUAUUGAA